GGGGCCGAAAAUGGAACGGUCGGCUCAUUUUCUCCUCCUGCUACUGUACUUGUUUAUCUGUCCUCCUCGGUGGCUCUGCCUCAGUGAGUCCCCAUCCACAUUUCCAACUUUGAAACCCCAAUCGCGAAACGCAGUGAACACAAGGCAUCCGAGCUCCGGGACUGCAGAGGCAAUGGCCAUGGAUCAGCCCCUCAAGAGGAAGAGAGGGAGGCCUACUGGUGCUGGCUCCCAGUCCGCCAAGAGCAAGAUGGAGCAGAAGAUGGCAUUGGUCAAGCAGAGGCUCGCCUUGCUUGACAGUAGCAGCAGCGAGAAUUACAAGGAUGACGAUUUUGUGCCCAUGCCUGUAUCAAUUCAUUGUGGUGAUACAGACGAAGAGGAGGAGGAGGAGGUUAUUCCUUUGGAAGUCUUGAAGUCUAGGGGAGUGGAGAGUGUACAAAGAAAGCUUCCUGACCAAAAGACAAGUGCUAGUGUUCACGAAAAAUGUGGAUCUGCUAUGGAUAGAGCUAAGGAGGUACAGGCGAAGUUAUCAGCAGAACAUCCUAGCUUUGCCAAGUAUAUGCUACAAUCUCAUGUCGUCCGGGGUUUUUGGCUGGGUCUACCAACUUACUUUUGCAACAAGCAUCUCCCAAAGCAGGACACUGGAAUCGUGCUAGAAGAUGAGAAUGGAGACUAUCAUGAUACGACAUAUCUUGGUGCCAAGCAGGGACUCAGUGCUGGGUGGAGAGGUUUUGCAAUCAAGCAUGGAAUUAAGGUUGAUGAUGUUGUGGUUUUCCAGCUUGUGGAACCAACAAAAUUUAAGGUAUAUAUAAUAAGAGCAAAUGAGUUUACUACAACCGACGGAGCACUUGGUCUGCUGAAUUUGGAUGUGUGCUGCAAGAAAGGGAAUCUAUCGAAAGAAGAAAGUUCUAAUGAUGUCAAGUCUAAGGAUGAUGCAAAAGUUAGCACAGUUGAUUGCGAUAGUGUAGUCAGUGAAGCAAUAGAAGGCAUCACAAUUUCAGAUUCAGAUAUCGACUUUGAUGACGUCACAAGUUUCAGCAACUUCAGCAUCAUAGUGGACAGCUUGGUUAUCGACUGCAAAUUCCAUGACCAGCCACGCAGGACAUACUACGAGCUCUGCCGUUCCCAGAAGUCAUUCCUUCACAAGCACCUCCUCAAGCAGUUGAAUCUCACCCUUGUUGUGGGAGUGAUCAUGGAGACGAUCAGCAUUGCCGAGGGUAUCAGGGCCUGCAAGGCGCAAGCUUCUUCCCAGGAGGACUUGCUGAUCUGGAAGAAGACCCUGGAGUCCUUCGAACUCCUGGGCAUGAACGUUGCAUUCUUGCUGAAACGUGUCAACGAUCUUCUCAACCUCCCUACACAGUCAAGAGACCUUUCAGAGUGCCAGAAGUACAAGGAACUGAAGCUUGAGCGGGCUCGUGCCGGGGUGAAAGUAAAGGCUCUGGAGCUUCAGCUGUCGAAUGUGAAGAACGCUCUUCAGAAAGUCGAUGCGGAUAUGGAGCAGAUGGAGUCAAGUGUGAAGAAUAGCGCUCUAACACUGCAGCAGUUAGCCAGUGCACCAUGGUGACGAUCGUUCGGGUUAUCUCCUUCAACAUUUUGGGUCCAUCUUUCAGCAAUGUAAACAAAGAUGGAUGGAAUGGAGUAGGGUGAGUAAAAUUAGUUACUCCAUCAGCGUACUGCAUCAACGCCUGUUGGUGGUGACUGGUGGAAUGGAUCAACCUGCUGCUAGUUCGUAGUAGGACUGGUCACAUUUUGUGUACGCCUUCAGCAACUACCACGCACUUCACUUGAGAGUAGCUCUUUCUCUAUCUAAGUUGGUUGUCCAGUUAGUAGUAACUGUGACACUCUUUUG